AUUUUUCCAAAAUUCCAGUCGCUCGUUUAUAAUUAUGGUCUUCUCUUGUUUUCUUGUAUCAGCCAUUUUUGGCGUCCUGUUCCAGGCAUGGAAUACUUCAGCGCAAAUCACGGCGUACUCUUUUAACGGCACAUACACUGGGAACAUUUCAUUGACAUUCAACCCUCGGGGCUUCUUCGAUGCUUUGACUAGGAACUGCCAAUUCAUUGCGGACCACCUCGAGGCAAGCCCUGAGAAUCCGAAGAACUCUUCCAAGGACCGAUUUACUAUUGCCCAGAUUUAUGGGGAAUGCCUUGCCACACAAUAUGGCGACUACUUUGCAUGUUCGCAGCCUUUCGAGAACUUGAAGUUUCUGCCUGUCGAGGCUUUCCCAGCCAUGUAUCACACACAAAACAACGAUACCAGGCCCUGGAAAAACGCGACUCUUCCUGUGCUUCCUUUGAGUAAUAGCACUCAGAAGUUGCCUAGUAUCGUUCCUAUUAUGGAGGCAGCCUGCCAGUUCGACUACGACUCGAUUGCGAAUAGUACUUGCUGUGCUAAGGGACCUAGCAGCAGCAGACCAUGUGGAAAGAUGUCGUUCAACUUACUCGCAUGUAGUAUUCAAAGUGUUCGUACAUACGUUGGCUGCACCGCGAAGCAAGACUCUAACAUCACCCAAUGUGUAUCUCGAACAGCAAAACGCAUAAACUUCG